UCUCUCCAGAAUUGCAAUCUUUGUUAAUGACCUAGCUCAUUCUGUUCUUUAUAGCUUUGGUCUCACACAUAAAGAGAUUCAAUGACAAGCCUUUUGUUCUCAUGCCAUUUCUUAUUAUUGAUUUACUAUGUUUCAAACAGUGUCCUUGUACCACUGGUCUCUGGCCAAUGUUCCAGCGAUCAGCAGCAAUCUUUGUUGCUCCAAUUGAAGAACAGCCUCAAUUUCAUCCCUGAAUUAUCCACAAAACUUGUGAAGUGGGAUAAUGCUUCAGAUUACUGUUCUUGGGCAGGUGUAUCCUGCAAGCAGGGUUGUGUUAGCCAUCUUGACUUGAGCAACGAAUCGAUUUUGGGCGGACUUGAUGACUCGAGUGCUCUUUUCAGUCUGCAGUUCAUCGAGCACCUAAAUUUGGCGUAUAAUAACUUCAAUUAUACUCAAAUUCCAUCCCAGUUCAACAAGCUAGCCAGUUUGACUUAUUUGAAUCUCUCAAAUGCUGGCUUUGCGGGGCAGAUUCCCAUUGAGAUGUCUCAGUUGACAAGGUUGGUGUUUCUUGAUCUAUCUACCUUUUACUUUCCCGGAACUCCUGCACUGCAACUUGAGCAUCAAGAUUUGAAGUUACUUAUUGGAAACCUUUCGGAGAUAACCGAACUUCAUCUUGAUGGUGUGACCAUAUCAGCACAGGGAGCUCAAUGGGGUCAAGCAAUAUCAUCUUCACUGCCAAAACUGAGGGUGUUGAGCUUGUCCUCUUGUAAUAUUUCAGGGCCAAUUGAUUCAUCCUUGCUGAAGCUUCAAUCACUCUCAGAAAUUCGUAUCGAGAAAAACAAUUUGUAUACUGCAGUUCCAGAGUUCUUCUCAAAUUUCACAAAUUUGACUUCAUUACGCCUCAUGAAUUCAGGGUUACAAGGUACAUUCCCAGAGCAGAUCCUGAAGGUACCUACACUGCAGAUUCUCGACUUAUUUGGAAAUGAAGUACAAGGAUCGUUGCCAGAGUUUCCAGAUGGUGGAGCUCUUCAGUCCCUGUUUCUAGCCAGGACGAGGUUUUCAGGGUCAUUGCCUGAAUCAAUUGGGAACCUCAAGAUGUUGUCCAGAUUAGAUCUUUCCAAUUGCAAAUUCACUGGACCAAUCCCAAAGUCAAUGGCAAGCCUUAAGGAACUGGUUUAUGUUGACAUGUCAAAGAACAAGCUCAAUGGUUCAGUUCCAGUGUUGAGUAUGGCCAAGAAUCUGACCGACAUAAAUCUUUCGCACAAUGAGCUAACAGGUCAGAUUAACUCUACUCACUGGCAAAAUCUUACAAAGCUGGUCAGUCUCAACUUCGGAAACAAUACACUGAAUGGCAGUGUUCCAUCGUCUCUAUUCUAUCUUCCCUCGCUGAAGCAACUACUUCUCUCCAACAAUCAGCUCUCCGGUCAGUUGCUUGAAUUUGCCAACAUAUCUUCUAGUUCUCUUGACACACUUGAUUUGAGUAGCAACAACUUGGAAGGGCCGGUACCCAGGUCUAUCUUUCUUCUUCAACAGCUGAAAAUUCUCUCACUUUCUUCAAACAAUUUCGGCGGUUCCUUCCCUCUUAACAGUGUUCAACAGCUCAAAAAUCUUUCCACCCUUGAUCUUUCAUACAAUAGUUUGUUGAUUAGUUACAAUAAUACAGAUUCCUUCAGGUCCUCCUUUCCUAAUAUUACCACAUUAAAAUUGGCAUCUGGAGAGUUGAGAACAUUUCCUAAUUUCUUGAGAGAUCAGUCCAGAUUACGCUAUUUGGACCUUUCACAGAACCAGAUUCAUGGAGAGAUACCCAACUGGAUUUGGAAGCUUAAUAGUAUUUCUCAAUUGAAUCUUUCUUGUAAUUCCUUGGUAAGUUUCGAAGGCCCUUUUCUCAAUCUUUCUUCUAAUUUGACUGUGCUUGACCUCCAUUCAAACCAGCUUCAGGGACAAUUUCCAAUAUUUCGGCCAUUAGCUAGUUAUCUGGAUUACUCAGGCAAUAAUUUCACCUCUAGCAUACCGGCUGACAUUGGUGACUUUCUCGAUUACACUGUUUUCUUAAGCCUUUCAAGCAACAGAAUUGAAGGGAGCAUUCCAGGAUCAAUAUGCAAUGCGGCAAAUCUUCAGGUUCUUGAUCUGUCCAAUAAUUCCUUGAGUGGCUACAUUCCCCAGUGCUUGACUGCAAUGAGCCGAGCUCUUGUUGUACUGAAUUUGAGGAGAAACAAACUCGCUGGGACUAUUCCUGACAGAUUUCCGGGCCAUUGUAGUCUGAAAACUCUAGACAUCAAUGGAAAUCAUCUCAAAGGCCAGUUUCCAAGAUCUCUAGCCAAUUGCACAGUGUUAGAAUUUCUGAACCUUGGAAACAACCAGAUAAUGGACACAUUUCCUUGCUUGUUGAAGAACAUAUCCACCCUGCGUGUCCUUGUUUUGCGAUCAAACAAAUUUCAUAGAAGCAUUGGAUGUCCCAACACCACUGGCACCUGGAAAAUGCUUCAAGUUUUUGACAUAGCACACAACAAUUUUGAUGGCAAACUACCGGGAAGAUUUUUGACUACAUGGCAGGCAAUGGUGGGCAAUGAAGAUGAUGCCCCGUCAAAGAUCAAUCACCUGCAAUUUCGAAUCCUAUUAUUCAGUGACUUAGGUUAUCAGGAUUCUAUAACAGUUACCAACAAAGGACUAGAAAUGGAGUUGGUAAAGAUUCUAACUGUUUUCACCUCUAUUGACAUCUCGUGCAACAAUUUUAAUGGAUUGAUACCAGCACAAGUGGGACAACUGAAGGCACUCUAUGGCCUCAACUUGUCCAACAAUGCUCUCACAGGCCCUAUCCCACCAUCAUUGGGUAAUCUAGCACAACUCGAGUCCUUGGAUCUUUCCAACAACAGCCUGAGCGGGACAAUUCCACCAGAGCUUACAGUGCUUACUUUCCUAUCAUUCUUGAAUCUCUCAGAUAAUCAACUGUCUGGGAGGAUACCCUCUGGUACUCAGUUUCAAACAUUUUCUGCAGAAUCUUAUGAAGAUAACAAAGAGUUAUGCGGGGUACCUUUACUUGUAAAAUGCAGCAAUACCAGCAACUCAGCAGAUACAACAUCAGAUGUUGAAAACAAAAAGAGGGGAAUUAACUGGGAACUAAUUAGUGUUGAAAUUGGAUUUACAUGUGGGUUUGGGAUUUCGAUUGCAUCACUAUUGUUUUGCAAGAGAUGGAGGAUAUGGUAUUACAGAGCUAUGCAUGGCAUCCUACUUCGGACAUUCCCUCAGCUGGAAGAGAGAUUUGGGAAUCACAGAAGGCAUGUUCAUGUAAAUCCAAGUUGGAGGGGGUUGAAACGAUUAUGAAAAGCAAUCCAUGUUAUGAACCUGACUCCCUUAAAUGAUAAGAUAUGUGAUAUUUGUGCUUUUGCUUCCCCUUAAUGUGAUUUUACUUUAUUCUAGGAUGAUAUUUUGACUA